CUUUUUGCUUUGUCUUUGCAAAGUUUUAUUUAUUUGCUUAGUUUUUUAUUUAAAAGUGCAGUUGAAGUCAUUAGCAUGUCAAGCAAUGACAAAUCCGGUUCGUGCGUGGAGACCCCCACCGCACCCGAAUGGCUAUCGAAACUGGAAAGUCGACGCGAAUUGUUGAAACGCUCGAAACUGGGACACGAAUCCGGAGCCGGAGCACCCUGCGGGGAGUGCAAGGAGAAAUGUCCAGGACUGGAUUUGCACUUCUGGCGGAAAGUGUGCCGCAACUGCAUGUGCCGCAAGGAUCAGCACCUGUGCACCGAUGACGACACCGGCUGGGCACAGUUCGAGAUUCUCGGCCAGAUCCGAGCGAAGCCAGCAUAUAUCAAGAUCAAGGCACUGGCCAACCAGCAGGUGCAGGUUGAAUGGGUGCCACCGAAUGCAUCGCCCGAUGUCAUCACGGAUUACAUGGACAAACUGGGUGCCGCUCAAAUACCCGUCACGGGCAGUGAUGCGGCACUCAAACGGAAACAGCAGCUGGAAUUCCAAGUGCCGCCACACGAUCUGGAUGCGGCGCUGUGCGACAAUCUGAGCGAAACGGAGGCACAACAACUGCAGCUCUACGUGCAGAAGCUGCGCGAGCAGUGCGUCGGCCAAGGCAUCGUUGUCCGCGUGGGUCGCUUGGGCCACGGCCAAGUGGAACACAUUGGCUCCAUCGGCAUGCAGGCAGUGCCAUCCCCGCCAGCUGCUGUUCGCAAGCUGUUGACUGCUCUAGGUUUGCCGACGCAAGUGGAUGCCACGCUGCAGGAGUUGCUAUCCAAUCCGAAGCUGACGCAUGCGCUCAGCGCACAGCAGGCGGUGAAUGCUCAGCCCAAGCUGCUGGUCGCCUUCUCGGAGCCGUUGAGCGACUGCACCACAGAAUUUGAUGAGCAGCCCGCGCUGCGUGCGGAGACCAAGCUAAAAUUGCUGGGCAUUAAUCGAGCCCAGAUGCAGAGUCUAGUUACCCAUGGCGUCAUCUAUGAUAAGCUGCUGGGUCUGCUUAAGGAGAAGAACCUCAACAUAUCCCGCGAUGCUCGACUGGGACCCAUUGCUGAGUUUCGCAAAGAAUAUGUGAGCAAUCCACAGUUCAGGGCUGAGAUCAAUACGGUGUGUCCACCAGCGACGCAGGCGUCGUCGUCAUCCCCAUUGAAAUGCUCGCCAAGCACACCAUUCCAUUCGCCACUGCCCACAAAGAAUCCGGUCCUGGCACGCUUUGGGGAAAACAGGCGUCAGGAUACGCCGAUGAGGCGUGUUAAAUUUGGAGGCGUCUCCACCAUUUUGUAUGACUGCGGGAUGCCUGCGCACAUCGACUACGAACGGGAUCCGGUCUUUGCCCAAAUUGUGCAGGCGGAACCCUUGAAGCAGGCGCUGCAGGAGGCGCGUGCCGGUCGAACCGCAGCAUCGGUUAUCAUUGCCCCAACGCCGGCCGCAACUGGUAAUCUGCAACAGCUGCCGGGACUGGCGCCCAGCAUCCGCGCACAGCUUGAGCAUGUGGGUGUGGACAAACAGAUGCUGCAGUCGGCUGUGGCCAAUGCACCCUACUACAAUCGCCUCUAUCAGACGCUGCAAGAAAAGGGCAUUCGCCACGAUCAAUGCCAGCUGCUGGAGCCGCUCAAGCAGGUCAACGACUGGCUGCUCAACGAUGAGCAACUCCUGGACGACAUCGACAAACUCUUUGCGGACAUGCGGGCAGCAAGCGGUGCUGGCGACAUUAGCUAUGGCAAUGAUUUGCUGCCCAACUCGGCCAGUCACGAUUCCGGCUUCUACUCGAAGCCAACGACUCCGGGCCAGGCGGGCGAGGAACUGAACGCCAGCCUCGGCAAAUUCACAACGAUUCCGGGCAUCGAGCACAUGAACAUGUAUCCCAGCUGCGCCGGCAUGCCCGACCAGUUCCAGCAACUCCAGCUGGGCGACGAUAAAAUACCAGCAGAUUCAACGGGUUCGUUGGCUGCUCCUGUGUCCACUUUCAAUUGUCGCGACUGCAAUUUGCCGAUUGAGUUUGGUGAGGUGGCCGUUAAGACGGAGCGUGCUGGGAAAGAGAUUGCCUGGCAUCCGGGCUGCUUCAAGUGUCACACGUGCCGCGAACUACUGGCAGAUCUGGUGUACUUCUUCCACCAUGGCCAGGUGUACUGUGGUCGCGAUCUGGCCAUCAAGCUGAAGAUACCGCGCUGCAAGGCGUGCGAUGAGCUGAUCUUUACCAAGGAAUACACCGCCGCCGAGGGUGCCACCUAUCACAUCAAGCACUUCUGUUGUCUGCAGUGCGACGAACCCUUAGCCGGACAACAGUAUAUACCCGAGGAGAAGUCGAAUAUGCCGCUGUGCCUGCAGUGCUACGACAAGUUCUAUGCCGGCACCUGCAAGAGCUGCAAGCUGCCCAUUGGUCCGUCAGAUCAGGGCGUCGCCUGGGCGGACAUUCACUGGCACAGCAAUUGCUUUGUCUGUGCGGGCUUAGAGUGCGCCAAGUCGCUGAUCGGCGGUCGCUUCUGCGUCAAACAGAACAUGCCCUUCUGCAGUCCGGCCUGUGUGCGAAGCGUUAUUCCAGCCUAAAUAUUCCCAAAAUUAACCAAAACAGUAUUUCACAAAUACGCACAAAAUAUGAAUAUGAACUGAUAUAUAAAUAUCUAUAUAUGUAUUACACUCUUAGCGUGCACAAUUCCCAUUUGCUUGAACUGUAUUUGAAAGUGCCUCAAGUUUACACAUUACAAUAAUAAAAAUACAAUAUCUAAAUAUAUAUAUACUUAUAUAUAGAAAUUUACACUCCACUAAUGCGAUUUUUAGCCGUGCCAAUAGUCUAUGGAUUUUAUAGUUAUGUAUGUAUAUUUACACACUCGCAAUUCAAGUUUAUAGACUGCUUGCAUAUUCCAAAAGCAGAGUAUUAAUUUCGCCAAUAAGCUACGCAUUGUAGAAACUGAUUUUAAGCGACAUUUUUAUAACGCACUUUAAAUAAUAAAAUGUUUUA